ACUCCCUCCCUUAAUGUUUGCAAAACAAAGCUCACAGAAAUUAAGACAAAAAGUUUCAGAUUAUUUUGCAUAAAUAUAAAUGUUGCAUUAUGAAGAUAUGAGUUUUGAUGCUAUUAUACAUUGAUUAACUUUGAAUAAUUUGGUGUGAAUUAGGAAGAUAAAUUUAAAAUGGGGGACAAGGGGGGAAGCAAUGCAUCAAUAGAUGAUACAAUAGUGUGCUAUGCACCCACAAUGAUCACAACAAAUGGGGUAUGGCAAGGUGAUAAUCCUUUGGAUUACUCACUUCCUCUAUUCAUCUUGCAAUUAACUUUGGUUGUCGUCACGACUCGCCUUCUCGUUUUCGUCCUCAAGCCUUUUCGCCAGCCUCGUGUUAUUUCGGAGAUUUUGGGUGGCUUGAUUUUGGGUCCAUCUGUAAUGGGACGCAGUAAAGUAUUUGCAAGCACCAUCUUCCCUUUAAGAAGUGUGAUGGUUCUUGAAACAAUGGCGAACGUCGGUCUCCUCUAUUUUCUAUUCCUCGUAGGAGUCGAAAUGGACAUUUCGGUUAUUAAACGGACUGGUAAAAAGGCAUUAGCCAUAGCAAUUGCGGGAAUGAUCUUGCCUUUCAUUACCGGUGUUGCCUUCUCUUUCUAUAUCCACAAGGAUUCCCACAGCUUGAACAAAGGCACUUUUAUUCUUUUCUUAGGCGUCGCCCUCUCCGUUACUGCAUUUCCCGUACUUGCUAGGGUCCUUGCUGAGCUUAAACUCAUCAAUACUGAGCUUGGUCGCAUUGCCAUGUCGGCUGCUCUUAUCAACGACAUUUGUGCUUGGAUUCUGCUGUGUUUCGCCAUUGCUCUCGCUGAAAACGACAAUGCCUCUCUCGCUUCCUUGUGGGUUAUACUCUCCAGUGUAGCAUUUGUUGUGUUUUGUGUUUUUGUUGUCAGACCCGCCAUCUCAUGGAUUAUAAGAAGAACGCCCGAAGGGGAAACUUUUAGCGAGUUCUAUAUUUGUCUGAUUCUUACAGGAGUCAUGAUUUCAGGUUUUAUAACGGACGCCAUUGGGACACAUUCUGUGUUUGGCGCAUUUGUUUUCGGGUUGGUUAUACCAAAUGGACCCCUCGGCGUUACUCUAAUAGAAAAGUUGGAGGAUUUUGUGUCGGGACUUUUACUGCCUCUCUUCUUCGCUAUGAGUGGGCUAAAGACCAACGUUCAGGCUAUUAAACAAGCUUCUACAUGGGGAUUUCUGGUUCUGGUAAUAAUACUGGGAAGUGCUGGUAAAAUUGUUGGUACUUUGGUUGUCACUUUCAUCUAUCAGAUGCCUAUGCGUGAAGGCCUUACUCUUGGCUUGCUCAUGAACACGAAAGGCCUUAUUGAAAUGAUCAUUCUCAAUGUUGGCAAGGAUCAAAGGGUUCUAGAUGACGAAUCGUUCGCAAUCAUGGUGAUUGUAGCUGUGAUUAUGACCGGACUAGUGACGCCUGUUGUUACCGCAAUAUAUAGGCCAGCAAGGAAAUUCAUUCCCUACAAAAGAAGAACCAUCCAGAGAUCAAAACCAGAUGCAGAGUUAAGGGUACUAGUAUGUGUACACACCCCUCGAAAUGUUCCAACAAUUAUCAACCUUCUUGAAGCAUCACAUCCUACUAAAAAAUCACCUAUGUGUGUCUAUGUCCUCCACUUAGUCGAACUCACCGGACGAGCCUCCGCCAUGCUCAUUGUUCAUAAUACACGGAAAUCAGGCCGCCCUGCCUUGAACAGAACUCAAGCUCAAUCCGAUCAUAUUAUUAAUGCUUUCGAAAAUUACGAGCAGCACGCGACCUGUGUUUCAGUUCAACCCUUGACGGCUAUAUCCCCUUACUCUACUAUGCACGAGGAUAUAUGUAAUUUAGCAGAGGACAAAAGAGUGGCCUUUGUCAUAAUCCCUUUCCAUAAACAACAAACAGUGGAUGGUGGCAUGGAAGCAACCAAUCCAGCAUUCAGAAUGGUAAAUCAAAAUGUACUAGCAAACGCGCCCUGCUCCGUUGGAAUCCUCGUCGACCGAGGACUUAAUGGCUCCACUCGGAUUGCUGCCAACCAGCUAUCGCACCAUAUAGCCGUUCUUUUCUUCGGCGGACCUGACGAUAGAGAAGCAUUAGCCUACGCUUCGAGGAUGUCUGAACAUCCCGGAAUAAGCUUAACCGUAAUGCGAUUCCUGGCAGGAGACGAUGCUGCUCAAUCAGCCGGGGCUGGGACGGGACUGCAGAACGAACCGAGAAUACUAACAGUUGAAACACACGAUCAAAGAGAGAAACAAGUGGACGAAGAGUAUAUAAAUGAGUUCAGGGUGCAGAACAACGAUGAGAAUGUGUUUUACUCAGAAAUAAUAGUGAACAACGGAGAGGAAACAGUUGCGGCAAUAAGAUCAAUGGACAUCAAUGCGCAUGACUUGUUCAUUGUUGGGAGAGGACAAGGAAUGAUUUCCCCACUCACUGCUGGACUAACAGAUUGGAGCGAGUGUCCUGAGCUUGGAGCCAUUGGUGAUCUACUUGCUUCAUCAGAUUUUGCAGCCACGGUUUCUGUUUUGGUGGUGCAACAAUACGUGGGAAGUGGGCUGCAACCCGACGCCAUUACUACGCCGGACGGGCAAGGUCCGCCCGAGGAGCAGCAAUACAGUGGUUUACAGUUGAUGAAUAAGCGACCUGCGCCGUCAAGGUAGCCCUUCAUCACUCACAAAUCAAAACAUUACAAAAAUUUCCUUCUCCUUUUGCCUUUGUAUUAUUAUUUGAUGUAGCUUUGCCUCUGAGUUUUACCAAGAAAUACAUAUUGUAAUUGUAUAUUCUUCCA